CAUUAUUGCACCCAAAAACCAAGCUGCUAAGAGCAAGCAAUGGACCACGCAACAGGUGCCAUGGGCAGCCUGCUCCCCAAGCUCGGCGAACUCCUUAAGGAGGAGUACAAACUGCAAAGAAGCGUCAAGGAUGAUGUAAAACAUCUCGAGAGAGAGCUGGAGAGCAUGCACGCUGCCCUCCGCAAGGUCGGGGACGUGCCACGGGAACAGCUCGACGAGCUAGUCAAGCUCUGGGCUAACGAGGUCAGAGAACUUUCGUACAGAAUAGAGGAUAUCAUCGACAAGUUCCUGGUGCAUGUCGAGGGGCCUGAACCUGAAGACAAGCCACACAUGCUCAAACAAGUCAUGAAGAAGAUGGGCGGCUUGUUCACCAAGUUCAUGAAACGCCGUUCCAUCGGCGACGAGAUCAAAAGUAUCAAGGUCAGUGUUCAGGAGGCGGCUGACCGUCGUGAUAGGUACAGGGUCCAUGAGGUGGUCACUAAUCUAGUUGUUACAACCACCGUUGACCCUCGCCUAUUAGCUCUAUACAAGGACCAAAAAGAACUCGUUGGCAUUGAUGAUUCAUUGAAUGAGCUAACCAAGAUGAUGAGUGAUGGGGGUGGUGAUACGUCCAAGCAACUCAAGAUACUCUCUAUUUUUGGAUUCGGAGGCCUAGGCAAGACAACUCUUGCCAAAGCAAUGUAUGAUAAGCUUGAAGCACGAUUUGAUUGCAGUGCUUUUGUUCUUGUAGGACGCCACCCUAGCGUGAAGAAACUUCUCAACGACAUUCUCUAUGGAAUUGGCAAGAAAAUGUACCCUGGUUUGGAUGAAAGGCAGUUGAUUGAUGAAAUCCGAGUAUUACUUGAGAAAAAGAGGUACUUAAUCGUCACUGAUGACAUAUGGGAUAAAAAAACUUGGGAACUAGUCAAGACCGCUUUGGUGUGUACUAAUUGUGGAAGCAGGAUUGUCACAACUACUCGUAUACUCGAAGUUGCCACAAGAACUGAUUCUCCAAUCAUGACGACAACCCCUGGGAACGGAACAUCCUCCCUCCACAACUCCGUGUGCUGCGCAUGGCCUAACAAGAACCCGGGCUGGUGGCAACGAUCAAUCCCUCGCUUCUUCCCAACCUCUCCCAUUUACAACUAAAUGUAUAUAGUCCAGACCUGGAGGUCUUUGGAAGUAACCGAGAGCUUGUUGCCCUUCAGCUUAACACAUGGUCAGCUCUCCACCAUAACACCAUGGGCGGUUCAGGUGCAUUCCCCAAGCUGAGAGUCUUCAAGACACAAGCAACGACCUGCUCAUUUCAAGAGGGAGAUAUGCUGGUCCUUGAAUCUCUUGAGUUCCAAGUCGUAGCACAUGCCAGUGAUGAUGACAUUAGCUUUGAAUUUGACUUUGGUAGCCUAGGGAACCUCCAUCUCCUUCAGGAAGUCAAAGUCUAUUUGUGGGCCCCUCUUGCGGAUUUCAAGAAUGCUGAGGAAAUGGCGAAGCGUGCAAUAUAUGUGCUUCCCAACUGCCCUAGGCAUCGUAUCACACAACAGGAUAUGAUGGAUUGGAGUCGGAGGUUGGAAGCGUUACCAAAUCAGCCACGGAGAAAGAAAAAUAUAGCAAGAGCCUUCCGUUUGUUUGGUCCAUUUAUUGUCCUUCGAAGGAAAGGAAAAAAAUCACGAAAAAAGCACAUUGCUUUGUUUUCUUUUGUAGCAAAUUUAAAAAUCACACAGAGGC